AUGGAUCAGAUGUUCAACAUCAUCAAGUUCAUUCAUAAGCAGCAAGCCAUGGACGAAGAAUUCUCCGUCGAUCCCUCUCAGCUUCUCGAAGCUGCUUCAGACUUAAGUACUUACAUUUAUAUUAUGUUUCAGGCUUUCGUUUUAGUUGGUCUUGUGGCAGAUUCUCAAAAAGUGAGGCGCCUAGCCUGUAUUGCUAUAUCAAGUCUACUGGAGAAUACAGAUAAGACGAUUGCCGUGCAGUUAGUUCUUCAGCACGAUGUUUAUCCCCUUUUGCUUAGUUGCUGCAUCGAUGGUGACGAACAAGUGGCUGCUGCAUCGUCGGAGGCAAUAAGAAAUUUGGCUGGAUAUGAGGAAGGCCUGGGGAUUGUCUUACCAGCAAGCACUUCUGAAGCUACUCACUUGGGAAACAUAGCAGAAAAAUGCUCAUCACUGGGAAGAGUGCGAGUUCUAGCCUUGAUAGUGAGGCUCUUCUCCGCUUCGAGAUCAGUGGCAUCAGAAGUCUCGAGAUCAGGUAUCCUGAGUCUAUUGGAGGCAGAAGUCAGAAAUACAAAUGAUACUCUAGUUACUUUGAGCGUGUUGGAACUUAUAUACGAGUUGGCGGAAGUCGAACACAGUGCGGAGUUUGUGUCGAAAACCAGCCUUCUUCAGCUGCUUAGUUCCGUAAUCAGCAACGACGCUGCAGAUUCCAUUUUAAGAUCGAGGGCAAUGAUGAUAGCCGGAAGGUUUCUCUCCAAGGAAAAUGCAUUUGCAUUCAUUGAUGAAUCGAGUUUUAGAAGUGUUCUUUCAGCUAUUGAUAGGAGGUUUGACUUCCUGGAAAGUCAAGCGGCAGAUGAGUGCGAAUGUGCACUCGAAGCGUUGGGUCAAAUUGGAUCAUCAUUCCAAGGAGCAACCAUAGUUCUGACAACUGCACCUCCUACCGCUAGGCAUAUCGUCAAAGCUGCUUUUGACCGACAACAGCAUGGCAAACAGCUGGCUGCCUUGCAUUCUCUUGGAAACAUUGCCGGUGAAAAUCGAACCGGAAAUACCGUGUUGCUAAACAGUACCGCAGAAGAUACCCUCAGAAGCCUAAUUUACGACGAAGCAUCCAAAACAUCGAAGCUGACCCCAUCAGGUCUCCUCCUAUCGGUUCUUCAGCAGGAUUCCGAAAUCCGUAUUGCGGGAUAUCGAGUGAUUAGUGGAUUAGUGGCUCGACCAUGGUGUCUGACGGAGAUAAUCUCGAAACCCGAGAUAAUCGCUCUAGUGACCAACACACACAGAGAAACCCAUAAGAUAGGAAUGGAAAAUAGACACAGGUGCUGCGAAGCAAUCUACAAGGUCUUCGCAUUGUCUAGUAAACUUAUGGGAGAUCCCGCCUUUGCUGACAUGGCUUCAAAGCUAGAGGAAGCAAUUAGAAGGGGGCCUUACGGUGCGAGAAAGCACGCGGAAGCUCAACCUAUGGUUGUUACGGCUGAUAGGUUUUGAUCGAGGAGUAAGCCAUAUUCGGGACUACUUAACCUAGUUCGUAAUGUACGAAAAAAUACUCGAAUUUUGAGUCUUGAAUAGGUGAAGACUGUAAAUGCCUCUUAACUUAUCGAGAGUAUAAGCAUUUUCGUGUGAAAUGCUUUGUGCAAGUGGCUUCUUGAUUUCGUACUUUUUGGUCGAAUUGCAUAACUGACGAGUGGGUGCACGAACUUUCUUAUUAUAUAUAUAAUAUAUAAUUUCGUGAGGAAAAUAAAUAUAUAAUUAUUUUUGUUUC